AUGUCAUCAACAACAUUAGCUGUUUUCCUCGAAGACCUCAACCUUACCCAAUAUCAAGAUGGCUUUGUGCGUGCUGGCAUUGCAACAGACAAUGAAGAUGACCUGCAGCAGCUGAUUCAAUUUAAUGAUGACGAGCUCAGCGAAUUCCUAAAUGCUGUAAACAUGCUUCCUUUUCAUUCAUCCAAGUUUAAAAAGUCACUACGAGAGCUACGAGUGAAAACAACACGAUCCACCGGUGAUGGCAACAAAAAGUCCCUUGAACCCGCUGAACCAGCACCUAUGCUACCAAGUCUUGAACAAAUUCUGAGCUCUCCGACAUCGAAUCCAUCUUGGCUAGGUGAUACGUGCACUCGGCGACCUUCUCGAGAAGUCAUUGUGUCUCAUGCUACCAUCUAUGGCAAACGUAGCAGUCGACCCCUUACUGGAUAUGAAAAAGCAAUCAAUGAAGCGGCCGUUCACCUUGCUUUACAAGACCCAUCUCUGGUAGUCAACAAAGGUGAUCUCUUUGAGCGUGCCAAGCGUAAGCUAUUGAUGGAUGGCUAUCAAUACAAGCGUGGCAAAAGUCGAUCCAAGCUCACCAAGGAAGUGACCAUAUCUUCAUGUGCUCGUUCUACACGUUCUUCUACCGCAUCAUCCCAACAUUGGACCCGUUUGAAGAGAAAAAUGCAUGCACAACGCGUCUCUGAGGCACGUCAACAAAAGAUCCAUACGCUCCAGAGCCAGUUGGAUGACAUCCUUGCCAAGCGACAACCACCACUGGAUCAUGAAGAACAUGUUGCACUACAAACGGAGCGUGAGACCUUGGCCAAGGAAAUUGCAAAGUUGAAAGCUCAAGAACGUAAACAUCAAUGGUACGAACGACGUAAAGCAGAAAGGUGUGGUGAAAACCAAUAUGGCGGUAGUAGCCCGUCAUCAUCAUCGUCAUCAUCAGCUGCAAGUUCCUCUGAAGAAAACGAAGAUAUGAAUGAAGAAAGCGAUGCCGCUGAUCUUUUUUUUGAACAUGCUCAUCCACAGCCAUCAUCGCUAACACCUGAUCCAACAAUCUUCCGGAGCAGAGAUAUACCGCUUUUCCCAUCCCCUCCAUCUAUGCAUCAAGACAAAGCAUUCGCACCCACAUCAUCCAUCCGACAAUAUUGUAUCGAUACUUGUAAUUAA